CCGAGGAACUGCCAAGAUGGUGGUUGGGAUGUGGGCCUUCAGCAGCCCACCCCAAGAAGGGAAGAGACUGGGCACCUCUGCCUUGAUCCUCAUCCUGGGGGGGCUUUGGGGGAGAUGGAUCACAGAGGUUGGAGCUGGGCCAAUGAGUGAAAAACUACCUGCAUCAAGCGUGUGCCCCAUUAUCCACCAGUAUAUUCCUCGUUACUCCAAAGCCUUCAUCCCCAUUCCCCGCUCUAACAGUUACGUUGUCCUGUGCCGAGUGAACCUCACCUCAUCCCAAUGUGAGUGGGUCUUGAUUGCCAACAGAGGGCGCUGUUACUACUUCAACCUGGGCCUGAAGGAGCAUCUCAUCCUCCACCAGAUGGGCCUUAUCGUCAUGCAUAUGAAGAAGGAGCUAGAAGGAGAGUAUCAGGUCCUCUCUGGGAUAAACCGGACCUGCCAGGGAAGGGUCUUGAUGACAUAUGUGGAGCCUUUAUUUCUUUAUCGGAUCGUCUUGCUGAUCCCUGGCGCCAUGUUCCUGGUGGGAUUGGGAAUACUGUGGGACUGGCUGAUCAAAGCCCGCAGUCGCAUGGGGGCCUCUGACGAAGAGCAGACCGCUAACCAGCUGAUCCAGCAUGUCAUCCCUCCCUUGGACACCAGUGCCCGUCCAUGACUGAAAUUCUGCCUUUCUUCCCCAUUCACUAAAGAAGUGACACCAAUGUGAUCUGGCAUUCAUUUGCUCUGAAUCUAUGGCUUGUAAAUAUCUCUUGACUGAUGUCCUGCUCAAAUUCUGGUUUUUGGUUCAUUUGUUUCCGAGGUUGUAAUUAAUAAAGAGUUCUAAAC